GGCCUGGCCCGGGAAACAAAACCCUACUUUUCAGUUUUUGCCCUCUGCUACUUCACAGUAACAGGUUUUUGCCAUUGGGUUCUCGUAGAGCACAUAGCAAACAUUCUACUAUGGCUGCUAUACCAGUUAAUCCCAAGCCUUUUUUGAAUAAUUUGACCGGGAAACCAGUAAUUGUGAAACUCAAGUGGGGAAUGGAGUACAAGGGGUAUCUCGUUUCUGUUGAUUCGUAUAUGAAUUUGCAGCUAGCAAACACUGAGGAGUAUAUUGAGGGACAGUUUACUGGAAAUUUGGGAGAAAUUUUAAUCAGAUGUAACAAUGUUCUCUACCUUCGAGGAGUCCCAGAGGAUGAAGAAAUCGAAGAUGCCGCAGAAGACUAGAUUGGUCGAAAUUACUAAUUGUAAUGGCAAACUGAACUAACAUUCGUUACCUGCUUUUGUAUCUUGGGUGUAUGUUUUUGUAGUUAUGUUUUGAAUCAAUGAUGACACCCUCGUGAAUAUUGGGAUGCCUAUGUGAAAGUUGUUAGCAAUCCUUCAUGUGAUCCUACAAAAAUCUGUUUCUGCACCAGGUUUUUAUACUAUUACAAUACGAGUAAAUAACUAAUUUGAUGUUAUUAUUAUCA